CACACACACACACACACACACCGUUUCAGCUGCUGUUCUCACAUAUCGAAUCGGGUGAAGAAGUCUUCAUUUCGGCAUUCAACUAAGAGCUGGAAGUUCUGCGUCAGGAUAAUAUUUAGGGUGAAAAGAGGGAAAGGUCGUCACCUGUGGUGAAAGGCCGGCUCGAGAUGGCGUACAAGCUGACACGGGUCUUUCUUCUUCUUCUCGUCCUCUUUGGAAUUUCCUUCACCUUCACUCAAGGAUCAGGAAGCUCUAUGAAACACAAUCCAGCUGUGUUCCACACUGAAGACGACUACGAGUGGACGACUUGGUUUAACGUGGAUCACCCUGGAGGGAAGGGAGAUUAUGAGCAGCUGGAUGCGAUUCGUUUCUAUUACCGAGCUCGGGUGUGCGAUUCCCCACGGGCGCUGGAAGCUCGUACUACAGACUGGAUACCGGCUCACAGCACCGGCGAGAGAGUGCAUGCUGAACCCACCGUGGGCUUCUGGUGCAUCAAUUCAGAACAACCUGAUGGGAAGAGCUGCUCUAAUUAUGCAGUCCGCUUCCUUUGCCCAAGAGAAAUGGCGCCAGAAACUCAUGGAGUGUGGAGUCAGUGGUCAGACUGGAGCCUGUGUCCUGCACAAUGUGGCCAGGUUGCAUCUCAGAUCCGCUCCAGGACGUGCACGACCCAAUCCACGCAGUGUAACGGUGUAAAGGUGGAGAGCAGACAGUGUAAAGGACCCAGAUGUCCAGGGUGUACUCUGCAGUGUGUGAUGGGGAAGGCGAACACAGACUGCAAUGCCUGCCUAUGUAAGGAUCACACUGUGCUUGGGUCAGUUCGUAGAGCAGGCAGUCUCCCAGCUCCUGCCGUCGCCAUUCUCCUUUCGGGCACGAGCCCCAAACUUCUUACGCUCUCUGACCACAACGGACACUUCCGCGUACCAGGGAUUUGCCCAGACGGCAACACUACGCUGCUGAUCAGGCUGCAGGGCCACACGCCUCAGGAAAUUGUCAUGCCCCUGAGCUCGGAUUCUACAACUGUACUUCAUGUGAAACUGGAAAGAGCGAAAAAGCUUUAUGUGCAAACACACCCAGAGUCAAAAGCGAGGAGAACGGGUCAGACAGCUGCCUUCUGUUGCAAGGUUACUGGUACACCUGAACCUGAUGAGUAUCAGUGGUUUCACAAUGGAACUCUGCUCGAAAAGAGUGUGCAUCCUUAUGACGAGACUUUGGUUUUGAGGAACCUAAGAAUGGAUCAGGCUGGAGAAUACUACUGCAGAGCCAGCAAUGAGAAUGGUGCCAUCAAAUCCAAGCCAGCCAUACUUUCAGUAAUAGGUCAAGUCGAGCCUUCAUGCAACCCUAAUCCAGAACCCCACAUGAUCCGUCUGCCUCAUGACUGCUUCCAGAAUGAGACAAACUCAUUUUAUUAUGAUGUAGGAAGAUGCCCCAUAAGAACAUGCACCGGGCAACUAGACAAAGGUAUUCGAUGCAAAGACUCCAUAACCUUUUGCUGUGGGGUGUCCAAAUUGGAAGAGAGACAGAUAACUUGCAAGGACUACCAGUUGCCUACGAUGGUGGUCACCCAGUGUGGCUGCAAAAAAUGUGUGGAAACAAAGGCAAUAGUUCGUGGGCGUGCUAUUGCAGCAGAUACAGGAGAGCCUUUAAGGUUUGGGCACAUCUACAAGGAUGGUGACAGGAUAAGCCGAACAGGAUACCAGGGCACAUUCUCAAUCCAGGUUCCCACAGAUACUGAAAGGCUUGUUCUUACUUUUGUAGACCACAUGCAAAAGUUUGUGAACACUACCAAAGUACUUUUGUUCAACAAAAAAGGUGGAGCUGUGUACCAUGAGAUCAAAUUGCUCAGGAAAAAGCCACCGGUUACCUUAAGCUCAACUGACACCAACAAACUACAGCUUGGAGAAGUACAAGGAGAGGAACCCAUGGCUGAGAUUGAAAUUCCACCAAACUCCUUCUAUAAGCAGAAUGGAGAAGUAUUUGUUGGUAAUGUAAAAACCAGCGUUACUUUCAUGGACCCCAGAGUUGCAUCCACAGCAGAGGCUGCUCAAAGCGAUCUCAACUUUGUUGGAACAGAAGGCGAUGUGCUCCCCUUGAGAACCUAUGGCAUGUUCUCAGUCGAUUUCAGAGAUGAGGCAGAUGGCGAGUCAUUAAAUGCUGGAAAAGUAAAAGUUCGACUUGAUGCUGCCCAAGUAAAGAUGGCGGAACAUCUGCAGUCAAUGAAAUUGUGGUCCCUCAACCCUGAGACUGGUCUUUGGGAAGAAGAAGGACAGCUUCAAAUGGAGAAAAAACAACGACGGAAACGAGAAGAAAGAACUUUUCUCGUAGGAAAUAUGGAAAUCCGAGAAAGAAGGUUGUUUAACUUGGACGUGCCAGAAAACAGAAGAUGCUACGUUAAAGUCCGUGCUUUCCGUAGUGAGCGAUAUAUGCCAAGUGAGCAGGUUGAAGGUGUUGUUGUAUCUCUGAUUAAUAUGGAACCUACAGCUGGAUAUUCCAGCAAUCCUCGGGCAUGGGGUAGAUUUGACAGUGUCAUAACCGGUCCCAAUGGAGCAUGUCUACCUGCCUUCUGUGAUGACCAAAAAGCAGAUGCUUAUUCUGGUUAUGUUAUGGCAAAUCUUGGAGGGGAAGAACUGGAAGCUGUAGCUUCAGCACCAAAAUUAAAUCCCAACACUAUUGGUGUCCCUGAACCCUACUUAAGUAAGCUGAACUACAGAAGAACUGAUCACGAUGAUUCAAGACUCAAGAAGACUGCAUUCAGCAUCAACAUAGCAAAACCCAGCCCGAACAGACCCGAAGAUGCAAAUAGUCCAAUUUAUCCCUUUGAAAAACUGAAGGAGUGUGAAGAAGCUCCAUUUAAUUCCCCUCACUUCCGCUUUUCAAGAGUAGAAGGAGAUCGCUAUGACUACAACACUGUUCCUUUCAACGAGGAUAAUCCAAUGAGUUGGACAGAAGACUACUUGAGCUGGUGGCCAAAGCCGACAGAAUACAGAGCUUGCUAUAUUAAGGUAAAAGUCAACAGCCCGCACGAAAUCAAUGUCCGUUCUCGCAACACGGGAGGCACCCACCCGAGAACAGCUGGCCAACUUUAUGGCCUCCGUGACACCCGUAGUAUACGAGACAGGGACCAGUCCGGUGUCUCAGCAGUCUGUCUGGAGUUCAAAUGCAGUGGCAUGCUCUAUGACCAAGACCGAGUGGAUCGCACCCUGGUGAAGGUGAUCCCGCAGGGUAGCUGCAAGAGAGACAGCGUCAACAGCAUGCUUCAAGAGUACCUGGUCAAUCAUCUUCCACUGGCUGUCAACAAUGACACCAAUGAGUUCACCAUGCUUGCACCACUCGACCCUCUGGGCCACAACUAUGGCAUCUACACAGUUACUGACCAAGAUCCUCGCACAGCUAAGGAGAUAGCACUUGGACGCUGUUUUGAGGGUACAUCAGAUGGGACGUCGCGAGUCAUGAAGAGCAAUGAAGGUGUGGCAUUAACCUUCACUUGUGGAGACAAAGAGGUAGCCAGACAGAGCGUAUUCCAGCAGGUUCAGAAUGCUCCAGGUCGAGCCAUAGCGGGAAUUACCCGUCCAGGAAAAGCCAACCGAAAGCAAAGAGGAGACUCCGCUGCGUUAUUGCGUAAUAGCCGGAGAAGACGUACCUGCAAUCACAACAGAUGUUCCUAGACCACACUCUGAAACCUGUAUAAUGUAAUAAUAAUGGGAAUAGGCUAGAGAGAGAUCAACUUCCAGAAAAGUACUCCACACCACCUAAUUGCCACGAACAACUUUUGCGCAUAUUAUAUUUUUAAGCUAACGCAUAACGCCUACAUUUUAUAAGGUGUAAUGAGAAACUACAUUCAUGGGUUCCUAGCCCUGGUCCUGGUGUAAGGUAAUGGACAAGAGCCUAUGAACAAGUAAUCUCCAUAGUACUACGAACUGAAAUAAAAUGUCUUAUCAUGACUAGUUACAAGUCAGGUUCAUAGUAACCUCGAUUAAGGUUAAAAAACAUUAAAAUUUGCUCCCCUGAAAAAAAAAAAAAAAAA